GUGUGUUUGUCUUCCUGGUUAAAAACGCUCCAUUUCCUCCUUAAAUCGUCGUUUUUUGAAGCCAGCUUUCUUUUUGAGUGGGACAUGAACAGCGUGGGGGAGGCCUGCACCGACCUGAAGCGGGAGUACGACCAGUGCUUCAAUCGCUGGUUCGCGGAGAAGUUUCUGAAGGGGGACCGGAACGGAGACCCGUGCACGGAGAGCUUCCGGCGGUACCAGCGCUGCGUGCAGAAGGCCAUCCGGGACAAAGACAUCCCGGUGGACGGAGUGGAGUUCAUGGGACCCAACAAGGACAAACCGGAGAGCUGAGAGACAAGACACGUGCACCUCGUGGUUCAUUUUACACCUGG